AUGACUUUGGUCGACAAAAUAAAUGACUUUGUUGCUCGGAGUCGAGUAGGUAAAUUUUUCCAGUUGGAAGGUUCAGGCGCUAGACGUGAAAGAAGAGGAACAAAGUUCUUGACUGAACUCCGUGCCGGGUUAACUACUUUUUUCGCCAUGGCCUACAUUAUUUCGGUCAAUGCUUCCAUCAUUAGUGACAGUGGCGGGCCCUGCGUAUGCGUACCCACCGAAGCAGAUCCAACGUGUGAUCUCAACGACGACUACAUGGCCUGCGUCUACCAAGUAAAAUUAGACAUGAUUAUGUCUACAACUAUUAUUGCUAUGAUUGCCAGUUGUAUGAUUGGGGUUUUUGCCAAUCUGCCCAUUGGUAUGGCACCUGGUAUGGGCCUCAAUGCUUAUUUUACCUACACCGUUGUUGGCUAUCAUGGCUCAGGAAAGAUCACCUAUGAGACCGCCUUGGCAGCCGUCUUUAUUGAAGGUUUGAUCUUUUUGGUUUUAUCUGUCUUUGGUAUUCGUCAAUGGUUGGCACGUAUCAUUCCUAUGAGUAUCAAGAUUGCUAUGGGCUGUGGCAUUGGCCUUUAUCUUUGUUUUAUUGGACUUCAAGCAUCUGCUGGUAUUGGACUGGUAAGCGCUGAUGGGGCCACAUUGGUAGCUUUAGGUGGUUGUCCUGCCUCGGCCAAAAAUGCGAAUGGCGUGUGCCAAUGGGGACACAUGGAGAACGGCACAACCUACAUGGGCAUCUUGGGCCUAGUGAUCAUGGCUAUUUUGUUACUCUACCGCGUUCGUGGUGCUAUUUUACUUGCUAUUGUUUUCAUUGCUAUUACUUCAUGGCCUCGUAACAAUGCCGUUACUUAUUUCCCUUACACGACGCAAGGUGAUAUGAUGUUUGAUUAUUUCAAGAACGUCGUUUCCCUGCAUGGUAUGGACCGUGUACUUGGCAAAUUCAACUUUGAUCUCUCAGGAAAGGAUAUUUGGAUUGCUUUGAUUACUUUCCUCUAUGUUGAUAUCAUGGAUACUACUGGCACAAUGUAUUCCAUGGCUAACUAUGGUGGUUUCACUGACAAGGCUGGCGAUUUUGAGCACUCCACCUACGCUUUCAUCACGGAUGCUGCGGCUAUCUCCAUUGGUGCUUGCUUUGGCAGCUCACCAUGUACUGCUUUUGUAGAAUCGGGUGCAGGUAUUGCAGAAGGUGGACGUACUGGUAUUACCGCUAUUGCUACUGCUUUCGGUUUCUUUGUCAGUAUUUUCUUCUCGCCUAUUUUCGCUAGUUUCCCUCCUUGGUCAACUGGUCCAGCUCUUGUCGUUGUUGGUUCUAUGAUGCUUUCCGGUGUACGCAGUAUUAAUUGGGAUUAUCCUGGCGAUGCAAUCCCUGCUUUCUUGACAUUAACUGUGAUGCCUUUCACUUACUCUAUUGCGUACGGCGUCAUCGCCGGUAUUAUGAGCUACGUUGUCAUCAAUGGCUUUAUCUUUUUAAUGGAUAAGCUAUCCGGAGGUCGCAUCCGUCCUGAUUAUUCAGACCGCGAAGACUGGUGGACGUCUGCUUUAAGUCGUCCUUUCUUACCCAAGUGGAUCCGUUAUCUUGUUGCAAGAUCUAAGGGCAAGUCUUUUGACUGGUAUGAAGAUGAAUACGAAUUUGAGGAUGACGAUUUUGACCGCCAUACAAUACCUCGAGAAGUGUCCGUACAAGGAGAACACUUGCACGAGAAAGCCAUCUCUUCGCAAGACCAUAUUGUAGACACUAUCAGUGGCCAUAGUUUUAACGAAGCCACUGCUCUUGACAGUUACAAUGAAAAGGCAUACCGUUAA